CGGGUCACCAGGCAUCAGGUCAUUUGGCUCGACAGCGGGCACCGCAUCAUCUGGCAAGGCAGUGGGCACCAAGUCACCAGGCACGACAGUGGGCUCUGAGUCAAUUGGCAUGACAGCGGCACCGGGUCAUCAGGUACCGGAUCGUCUGGCUCGACAGCAGGCACCGGGUCAUCUGGCGCUGGAUCGUCUGGCUCGACAGCGGGCAUCGGAUCACCAGGCAUGACCGCGGGCACUGGGUCAUCAGGCAUUGGAUUGUCUGGCUCGACAGCGGGCAUCGGGUCACCAGGCAUCAGGUCAUUUGGCUUGCCAGCGGGCACCGCGUCAUCUGGCAAGGCAGUGGGCACCGGGUCAUCACUUACCGGAUCGUCUGGAUCAACAGCGGGCAUCGAGUCAACUGGCCUAAUAGGAUCAUCAGGCUGGAUCAGUUCAUCAGGCUGGGUAGAGGCAUCAGGCUGGGUAGAGGCAUCAGGCUGGGUAGAGGCAUCA